AUGUCUUAUGGGUGCGUUGACCCAUCGAAUCAUUGUACUUUUCUUUAUCUGUCCCCUUCCUUAGUGCGACUUUUCCAGUCGUACAUUUUGAAUCAUAGCUGUUGAGCAAACAAAUCUUGAGCUUUUAUUUUACGAAUAUCUACCCUCGAACCCACCAGAAGCCUAAUAAGUCUGCAGAUAAACUCAACCAUGGCAUGCCUUCGUCAGAAGUCUGGACAGCCUAACGCCUCGUUUGACUUAUGGGUGAUCGUCAAAUCCUCGCAUGUAUUUGGCCUCAUGCUGUCUUGAUUGGAUGGCCGGAGCUACUUUUCAGCUGCUGCAGGUGUAGUGGACGAAAACGUUUAAAUUAGGACACACGUGGUAGCGUGAAACACUGGAAAUAACUCUUGGCUUGCAACGAACUGAAGCGAAUUGUUAUUCGCGUCAUUGAACUCAUCCAAAUGACAUGGUAUAAACGUUUGGCGAGCACAGGUAUUUGUGUGAUAGGUACAGAAGAGGAUUUGUACAAAUAAUAGCUAGUGAUGCAAGCAGGGAUGAGUUACGUCAAGGAGGUGAUGCCAACAUGCCAGAUAAGCAACCGGUGGCGAAUGCGCAUUACCCGCUGGUUGCUUAUCAAUGUCAAUGCGUGCGCGUGCAUGUACAUUUUGUGCGGCCAAACAGACAGUUCUUUCCCCGUCCCCCAUCAGGAGCAUCCCUGCAGCUCGUAACGCGAGGCAUUUAGUGGCUUACUCGACCCGGUAUGUCCGCGAUUUCGCCAAUGAGACGGUGCUUUCGUAUGCAUGCGAAAUUGAGGUUGUUUGCAUCGGUCCGCGACCGCAGGAUCUUAGUACUCACCAUAGCCUGUAACUUGACUACAAAAUGUCAGUGUAGACUUGACUGAAAGAUAUAUGCUGUGUAGUUUCGCUCAUCAAGCCUAUUGCAUUGACCUGCGGGUGCUUGAUUCGCAUUCAGUCCAUCAAGACGCUCUACUACUGACAUUUCCACUGUCCCUAGCCUUGCACAAAUGCGAGUCUUCUUUUGCGUGUUUUUCACUCAUUACCUGAGUUUCUUAACUAUCCACCUAGCGCGGUUGUUAUCAGUACCUUCUUGGCAGAUCCCUUCGUGGUAUGUUCCAUACCAAUAUUUGAAAUCGCUGCUGCUUGAACCCAUCUCACCGAUUUGGAAACCGACAUGGUUAGAACGACUGCGACCACUAUUUAAUGCUACGUCACCAGAGGAUAUGUUUAUCAGAAAGUCAGGCCAAUAGGUGAUGGAGGAAUCUUACUCCUUUUAAUUAGGCGUCAUAAGUGACAAGACCCCUGACCCGAGAUGAGGCCGAUUUUAACUCUAAACCGGGCAAUCUAAUGUACCCAACCGUUCUUUGUAGUACGCUUAUUGAGUGGCGCAUCGCUCAUUUAAUUUUCCGACGACGUGUAGCUCUUCAUUUGCAGGGGAACCGAGUUAGCGGGGCAAUUGCAGUCUUUCAGGUCACUUACUUUGCCCUCAGGUUUGCACCUAACAUAAGUGAGCCAUCUUAAUUGGUAAGUAAACGGGGCGGGGUUUACGGGUUACGUUUUUCAUCGAAGACAUGGACGCGGGUUGAGACGCAGUCAGAAAGACAAACUCGGAGAUUAGAGUGCAGGCGUCGUCGGUCAGCCAGAUGGCGCAAACCUGAGCGUAAUGGCCUCCAUACACUCAUAUAGGGCUGUCUCAAUGAUUGCUUGGUCUGCAGGUUGGUUUCAUGUCGACUCCAAAGGUCUUGUACUUCCGGUUGUUUUGGUAGUGCAUUCUAUCUUUGCCUCGCUUCAGAAGGUCUGACCCAUAGUAGUAGAAAUUGUCCGCUAGCUCUGUACUGUCACUGUCUACCCCGACCGAGCAAAUAUAUCCAAUUAUGAAGCCCGAAGUGCUCAUUUUCCUUUUGACUGUCUGACUGUCUUCGCGUCUGUCUGAGACGCUACGGGGUACACUUUUUUAAAUUGAGCUUGCUACCACCACGUCGUCAUCGGCGCAGUCCAGAUUCAUCGUGUACGGACCACGACUCACUCUAACGCUGGAGUGGUCUGCCAGCCUAAUGAGCAGAGUCUAAUUCAGUCAAAAUCGAUGAAGCAGACAAAAGCGAGCUGUCAACCUCAGCAGUUGUGCUUGAAGAUUGGGCGAAGUAAAAGUUCCGAUGAGAUCAUGCCUAUCCCAGUCGCGAGUCGCACUGAUUCCUUCUUGUUCGCGCGUCGUAGUACAAGCGGAAGUGAUUCAGGAGGGCGACUGCGAAGAUUCUUGAGGUGGUAUCAAAUGGCUAUAUCCACGGUAUUUCCUCCACAGCGGUCCGCCGUCUUAAGGAUCUGCGUAUAUUAACGUCAAACCAUUCUGUGGACACAGCCCCUACUUCCCAAUUGCGGACCAGAUUUUUGUGUAAGCUGUCAGAUAUAACAAUCGAGCAGCAUUUGUAGCCUUCUAUCGGAAGUCGAUCCGCGCCAGAUACUUAGUUGUUUAGCCGGACUUCGUCUAGAACAAACUAGAUUGCAAGGUUCACAGACGCAAGGAAAUGUUUUUCAUCGGAAGGCCGUAUGUACCGGUGACGUUAUCGCCACACGUCGAUUGUCGCAUAUCUUUACUGCUGACGGGCUGAAUGCUGGUUUGCGCUUAACAUCCUAUAUCGCCGCUAGAUGUCGCUAUUGAAGCGCGUUCCAGAUCUCGGACAGUUUUAUCCCAGAGUUCGUUGCAUUCACGCCAAGCAGACCGCGUAAUCUAAUGAUCUAAUUCCCUAAAGUUCGAAUUGACUCGCAGACGGGCGAUAUUUGCACUGUCAGCCAGUCUGGUCGUCCCAGGACGGAUGCGAUCCAUCUAGAGACGCCUACUAUGCCCUAACUUCCUGAGAGGUGCCGUAGGGUCUGCUUCAGUUCGAACGAAUUUCUUUCAAGGGCGACUUCUUUAAACCAUUUGUUGUCUGUCACUGUGGCAGCGACCGGAGACAAUCAUGCGGAAGCUUGUGACUGUGACGGGAUCUCCGAGAUGGUCGACACUGCAACUUCUCACAGUUAAUGCUCUUUCAACGCCACGUAGUCAGCAGGACCCUCAUACGAGCAUGACCAAAGCUGUUCUUCUUGCCGAUGUUGACACAACGUAUUCCGCUAGAGUCAGAGAUCGAGCUUGUCUAUCGUGCGCGGAGAAACAUGCACCUAAUCUGACUUAGAGUGCGGUCAUUAUUGGAGUUCGGUGUAGCUGCAUGCCCUGUGGGGUGUUCGUAAUAAUUAAGUGGUUCGACACGGCAAAAGUGACGGGCUUUUAAUUCAUUGGAUCCAAUUGCGAAAAACUCGUCGACAUCGGUUGUGUUCGAACCCGCGACAACGAGAGCAAGGCCUGAAUAAAGCCAAGGAUCUAACCACCUGAACUACGACACCCCACCGAGAGCUGGGAGUCGAAUCGUAUUGUGCGCGCAGCGGUCAGUUACUCUCCUAGUAUAUGCGUUAGGCUUCCCUGUCUUGCAUUGUGGGCAACGUCAAGGUCACUUUCUGAGACACAUUUGACUAUCGCGUGAACUUCGUCAUAAGAGACCUAUUUUGCAUGCUAUUCGUAUCCACUUUAGCAUCUACAGCAGCAUCACAAAGACGCACAAGUGCAGUUCAGGAUGACACCGGUUCUCAAUAUGUAAGUGAAGGUUUGGCUUGACAAUUCAAAGGAACUAAGGCAACAUGUUAGCCAGUUGUCGGUGACGCCGUUUUGGUGGAAAUUGAUGCAUUUCUUUGUACAUUGCACCCUCGAGUCAUGGUCUGGCAAGCCCAUCUUUGAGAGGCAGGCAAUGUCUACGUUGCAAUACACUAACGCCCACAUGACAAGACUCUGUGUUACCGGUGUGAGAGUUCUCACGUUCCAACAUGUGACUCGCAGUUAUUUCUUCCUUUUCGAAGAGGCCAGCUUGUAUACUUGCCAUCUGGCCUCUUGGCAUAGGCCCAGACGCAUCGGUUCUCACGGCUGCCAUAGCAUGAAUCGAGGCUUGUGAUAAGGAGACCUGCUUAAGAUGGAGAUUCACGAGUCUGAAACUUAAGCUGCCUUUAAAGGAUAUUAAAUGUGAAGUGGUGGAAAGGGAUCCCGGACACCUAGGUCCUGAGAAUGGCUGACAUGCUAAGCGUGCGUCAAUGUGGUCUUGAAACCAUAUUUCCCUGGAAUUUGAUGUUCGCGCGUCGUUAUAACCUCGUGCGUUUGUUAUACUGAGGAUAACUGCGGGAUCUGACCUCAGUUCCAAAAGAUAUGACAACCUUGUCGCUUUUGCCAAGUGAAAUGCCAGGGACAGCCAUGAGUGCAUCUUUUUAAACUGGCAAGAACGCCAAAUCGAGACAGGGCGAGUACCGCAGCAAGUCAUGUGGGACUAUUUGCAACUGUGUUUGGUGCAUUUUCCGUUGAAACGUUUGCGCUUUGUCGUUAAAUAUGUUAUCAGCACUGCUUUCGGAGUUUUUGUCCUCCGUCGCAUUGGCAUACUGGAACCGAGUCGCCAGGCAUCGGACACCAGAGAGCCUGUCUUAUGCUGCUUCAGUCGUCAUAUUGUAGUACCCUCAUUUGGCUCCAUAGUAUUUUGUAAACCAGUCGGUGUACCUGACCUCUUUUAUUUGCCCCAUGGUAGCGUUGCCGUUGCUGUCCCUUGACUGCCUAGAGAUCUGCUCAUCUCGCACCCGGCCUUUGCUGAAGACCGAUCCCCCAUUCACCACAUGUGGACGCGCCGUGUGGCCAACAGUUUUCCCAAUUAACGGUUCCGUCUUUCGGAAGUUAUGCACUCCCAACGCAUUGCACGUUUAGGCUACGAUAGACGAGUAGAAGCAGGACUGAGUGCAGAGACCCCUCUUUUAUUAGUGAUUUUUGAUCACCUUUUAUCUGUUAAUAAUUAAAGUGCAAAUAUGAGGACAAGACUCCACUUAGGAUAUAUCAAUUAUUUCCAUAGAGUUGUUUCGAAACUUGCGCCCAGUAGUACUGAUUUUACCUGCCACCGCAUACCAAAAUGCUUUCGAUUCUGUUUGCGUUAAGGUUACUGCCACUAGUAAAUAGCUGUUCAUCCCCCCCGCCUCCCACGUGUUUCCACAGGUAGUCUUUUGUGGCCUUACCGGUGGGUCAAAAGCUCGCAUCAGGCCUGAGAAAAUUUUUAUUCCACAGGUUUGAAUCCUCGCCACCAACAUUCUCGGAAGACUCUUUGCAGCAAAACGCUUCAGAUAAUGAAAUGAAAAUGGCUCUCCAGAAACUGCAAACACAAGCCGAAUUUCAGAACCAGGUGUCUAAUCUGACCGGUCGGUGUUGGGAUCUGUGCUAUACUGGAACCCCCGGGGCUAAAAUGGACGACAAGCGGGCCAACUGUUUGAAAAACUGUGUCGAACGCUACAUUGAUGUUUCCGUGCUUCUGCGUAAUCGUUUCCAAGCCCUGGUCGGACGUAUGCAGCAACAACAACAAUGAAGGAAAUAUAUAGUGUCUUCUUAGCUUUUCUAUCAGUAAAAUAUUACUUCGUUUUAUGAACGAGCUUUGCCAAAUAUGUUGUUUUUUGUCGUGUUCGAGCACUGCGACCAUAGACGUGCAGCAACAAACUCGAUUGGUCGUCUGCCCGCUGCUAUUGGACAGGGAAUCACUGCUUUUAAUACUAUUGGUCAUCGACGCAGUCUUCCGGGUGAUCUGAAAGCCCGCUUAAGCCAAUGGCUCGGCCGACAGGGAGUUGCGUUAGCCGACUUCGUGGACAUACGGCUUUCUGUAUUUCCUGGGCUCGAAGGAGAAUACUCCCAUCUCCUGGCCCUCCGAUUUAACGCUCGAGAAUUGUGCCAGCAGGCUAGCGAAUUCUUCCUGCAUGUCAUAAAACCGCUGUGAGUUAUGGCUUGUGAUCUUUUGGUAGCCACUGGAGUUGCUAUAUGAUUUGUCUACACACGCCUGAACGUAUCGCUGCCUUAUUUGCACCGUUGAUUCUCUAGACGCGAGAGCCUGCAUCCUUCACAGUGAACCCCGGCUAAAGGUCAUUCCACUAUCUGCCUUUGCUGGACACGCCAAGUUAGUCGCAGUCAGACUAACAGGUAGCUCGUCUUCCCGGAAUUCCUGCCGUUCGGGAUUAUUGUCAAUGUAUUAGUUGCCGUAUAUGACUGCUAUCAGCAUUAAACAGGAUUGUUCACCUUCAAACAGUUCACAAAUGAAGAUUAGUUUUCUCUGGAUGGCUAAUUGAUGAUUCUGUCUGACAUGAAAAAGUUUAGAAGGACUGCUCUCCAUACAAACGGGCCAGACUUUUAACUAUUAGCUAGAAGCUUUUUAGUCGGGCCCUCAGCCUUGCAUGCUCUGGCUGUUCCACUUUUUAGCAUAAUCAGAGCAGGAAGCGCCUAGGUAGGCAGUAAUUUGUUUGUGCUUGGGAGUUUAUCGAGAUCAUUAUUUACCGUGAUGACGGGGAGACGAUUCUGCAAUCAUUUUGGAUUCCCAGACAAUGUACUUCCUCGUACUUGGUACAGUUGUGAUCAUACCUAAUCUAGCCGGCAUCGACGAUGUUGCAGAUUGUACCUUAUUACAUGUGACGGUCCGCGACGGCAGAUCUGGGGAGUCCGAUCUAUUCCACCAACGGCGGAGACCGAGUAACUGAGGUCCAAGAAGGACUUCUGUAUCUUGGCGAACUGUGUGAUAUCAAGUUGCGAGUUGAUCUCUUCGACGUCCUUAGGUGGGCAACGGCGUCGGGUCAGGGACGACACCUAGCUUAUGAGGCGGACGAAGAAUGUACGCAAAACACAUUAGUGGUCAGAGGUAUCCUCGCGAUGUCACAGCAAGUGGGCACUUACUCACCUGAAACGAAGUCGGUGUACCUCAGUCGAAGGAUGGUCCUCAGGCAGUGGAUAAACCUCCAGUUUUCGCUCACUUUCCACACGUACAACCCCUGUUCGCAGCCGUAUAAGAGGGACGGAUGUCCGGCAUACACGGCUCUUUGUAGCAAUAGAGAUGCCUCGUCGGAUCCAUAAACCUCUUAACGGCUGUGAAAGCCCUGCGGGUGACAUCGGUUCGAGAGACGAUGUCAUCCUUACUUUGUUCAUUCGGCAGCAGCCUCUCCACAAGGUAUUUGGAAGUGCCUAUUCCUCAAGUUGACAACCAUCAAUCCUGAGGACGAGUCUUUUGAUCAAGAAUGCCUGUCUAAAACACUGGUUAUCUUCACGUUGAUGGGUAAACUGGCAGAUUCAGCGACUUCAUUCGCCUGCGACACCGUAGUCUGUAGGUAACCGAGGCCUGACGCUAGAGGGAGAUAUCGUCAACGUAAUCAGCGGACGCUCGGGUUCAGACUCAACACCGUUAAAACCAUGUAAGUCAGUGGCGUGGUUCAACAGUAUGGGCGACGCAAUGCAGUCUUAUCGAAUAUCGAACGGUUGGGAAAGAUUAUUAUGAACCAGAAAUUGCUCAUUAGUGGGACGAUAGCAGGCCUUGAUCAUGACGGUGAUUUCACCGACGUACCAUCUGGUUCCGUUAUCCACAACAGACGACUAUCGGUUGCUGGUAGCCCUGGCGAAGCUCAAGAACGCUCCCCAGUGUGAAUAUCUGGCCUGCGCAUCCACACCUAGCUUGGAACCUGGCUUGGUUUGGUCACGUCCUUGAGUCACGCACAUCAUGAAGUCGUCUGAGAACGACGGGAGUGAAGACCUUCACAGUAACGUCCAUGAGACUCACACUGUCAAAUUUUCCACGUUAAAGGCAAACACAAGGAUUUCUCUCCGCUCCGGGCGCCUUGUUUCUGUGCAGCCUUCUUAUUGCAUCGACGAUUUUGGGACGAUGUCAGUCUUAUACAUUUUACUCAUUGGCUCUAAGCCUUCUUCCGACACCAGCGGCUUCGGAAUUAAAAAUAAGCUAACCGUAUCUUCCUUUUCCCAAUACUCAUCUCUCUCAGAUUGGCAAAGUCAAGAGAUUCGGGAGGUAAAUUUGAGAAAAGGGAGGGACUCUUAUCCUGUGUUACGAGCCUGUAUUUUCGGCAUAAGAAGGCCAUCCGGUACGUCGACUCGAUAAGAGAUACUCAAGAUCAUCCCCACACGAAUAGAAGCAAUAAGCGGCUCUAAACCGCAUCAGCGGCGGCUUAUUUGACGGUUACCCAGAAAAUAAACCUAACAGCCAAAGGCUGUGAGGUUUCUACGGUUGGUAUGCCAAUAACGAAGAAAGCAAUGGUGCUAGAUUAAGGAACUCGACGAAAGUUACUACUGCAGACAAGUAUCCCCGGGAUCCUGGGUUUGCACUUCAUUCGAUGGUUGUAAGACCGACGUCCUGUCAGACAAAAUCUAAACUAAAAGUAGCUGUGGUGUGUCAGCCUAGAAUAAGGUACGACUGUAGUGACUAUAAGUUAACUUUGGUGCAGAGUGGAGUAGAAGGCUUGUGCGGCGAGAGAAGUCACAGCAAGGCCACGUGAGUUCCAUAUUUCCCUAUGUCAUACCAGCACCCAGCAGGUGUGUAUUACAGUUCACGCACAAUCUCGGGUCUGCUCAUUUGAGUGUCCCUCCUAUGGGGAUAAGGUAUGCCUUGCAAUCCCAAAAAAUCAAGGUCGCGGUUUAUGAUUGAUUGGACUGUAGUGAUUUUCUUGAGCGGUCUUCUCUGGCGUCUCUCAGAAGGUGAAGGGCAUAAACCAUGAACAUGUUGGGGAAAAAGAGAGAUUCAAGUUACUACUUUGUGACUUUACACCUCGUCCUGCGGAGUGCUACGAAAAAAGCUACUUGUCUCACGCCCUCACGAAAUAUUGCUGUCUGUGUGUCUUAUUGCCUGUGGUUCACACCAAAGUCUCCUGCCGGAAAGCCAAUACAGCUUUCGCCGCCAUCGUGGGACCACGGACAUGAUCUUCGCCGCCUGUCAAUUGCAGUAGGUGUCAGGAGAUUCGGGUUCGCCUGUACUCUACCUUCGUGGAUCUGAAGAAAGCCCUCGACACGAUGAAUCGUGACGGACUGUGGGAAAUCAUGCAGAAAUUCGGCUGUCCCGAACGAUUCACUCAGAUGGUGCGUCAGCCCCACGAUGGCAUGAUCGCGCGAGUCACGGGCAAUGGAGCUGUCACAGAGGCAUUCCCAGUGACCAACGUAGUGAAGCAGGACUACCUCGCGCCCACCCUCUUCAGCCUUAGGUUCUCUGCCAUGCUGAUGAACGCCCUGGGAUCCGCAGGACGGACGACCACCUCCUUAACCACAGGCACAUGCACUUACAGUGGCGUGUAUCCACGACCACCGUCUAUGAACUGGGAAAACCUCGCCCGAGACCGACCGACCUGGAUGAGGACAGCAAAGACCGACGCAACGAUCAACGAAGCCAACCACUUUACCGACGCCAAAGCCAAACGUGGGGCUCGAAAAUUGCAACUGUCCCCACACAGCAACGCUAACGUCUAA